UCUAAAUUUUCAACAUUGCCAGUUGGCAAAGAAUGAUAAAUAUUAUUCUUCAAUUAAAACCUACCUCAGAUGCUUGCAUACAAAUAAUUAAUAGCGCAUAUAACUCAUGAGCCUUACGGUUCCCAUCAGCAAUUAUUCAGCCCCCCAAACAAUAUAUAAGACCAAUGCCUUCUCCAAUUCUGAAGCAAAGACAGUACCAUUAAACCACUACUCUCAAACAAGAACCCCAACUUAUCAAAUACAAAACAAACAAAGAAAAAAACAAUGGCUUGUUGGUCUCCUGAGAAUGCCACAAAAGCUUUUCUCAAAGCUCUAAAAAUGGGUAAAAGAGGGAAAGAGCCAGAUGUAGCAGAGUUCAUAUCAGCUUUGGCCGCAGGCAACAAUGCACAACUCAUGGUGAUGGCAUGUGCUGGUGCCGCAGGAGCAAACGCUCUGGCAUUGGUUGCGGCAAGACAUCAAACUGGUGGGCGAGUAGUCUGUAUUCUACCAAGCCAAAACUACCUGAAGGAGUCCAAGGAUUAUCUAGGACCUUACUCCAAAUGCAUUGACUUUCUCAUAGGAAAUCCGAAGACCCUUUUGCCAGCUAAUAACUUCAAAGGAGCAGAUUUUGUUCUUAUUGACUGUGAUAUUAAAGACCACAAAGGGAUCUUCCUAGCUGCUCAAAAGGGUGUCUCAGAACAAGUUGGAGCAAUCAUUGUGGGAUACAAUGCUCUUAGAAAGGGAUCAUGGGGCAAUGAUUUAAGGGCACAUACUCAUUUUUUACCCAUUGGAGAGGGCUUGCUGGUGUCAAGAAUCACCAGUCCAAAAAAAAGCCAUUGGGUGGUCAAAGUAGAUGAGUGCACUGGAGAAGAACAUGUUUUUAGGGUCACUUCUCCAAAAAGGCAAUGGAUUGAAGCUUGA